AUGAAGGACUUUGGCUUGGACACCAAGACCAAGUCUGAUGCUGCUCCCGUUGAUGAGGGUAGUUCCAGAGCGACGGUGCAAAGUAUUGAUUCUGGUCGUUAUGGUCGGCACAAGUUGAAGCGCUCUCAUCUCCAGUACACCUUACAUGAAGGUGGUGAGGAAGUUGGCUUGCCCUCGAAGAAAGCGAGAUCGUUAAAAACAACCUGGAGUCAACACUGUCACGGUGCUCCAGGUACUGACAGCCUGAAUUACCUCAAUGAGCGCAUGCUCGAGCUUUCCCGCAUCACUCGCCGGGCUCUUGCUACUCGCCUCAGAUAUCAACGCAUUCGCGCUCACGAACUACAACUCAUUAUGUCUAUACAUGAAGAUGAGACCGAGCUCACACAGACGGAGUUGAAGGACAUUGAUCUCCAGAUCGGAUCGAUCCGAAACAUGCUUCGUGACGGGGGGAUGGUGACGAUAGGGGAUAGAGGGCACGAAUUUGAUCCUGGUGAUGAUGAUGACCGUAAGCCUUGGCGCGCCAGUCGUUCCUCCGACAAUGAAUCGGUACGCAUACUUACUUCUGGAUCUGAUGAAAGCUGUUCAGAACUGGAUGAAUAA